CCAAUUAAACCCUGAUAAGGUAUUAGUCACGCACACUUUCGAAUUUCCCAAAACUAUCCCAUCAUAAACUUUUAACUUCUAAUAUAUCAACGACUUCCAGAACAUCAUCUUACCGACAAAACAACCACCUGUCGGUAUGUCGCAUAAACGCGGUCGCAAUCUAACCUACUGCGCAUCCUGCUAAUCAAUCAAUUCUAGAUAUUCAAAAUGUCUAACGCAGAACUCGCCAGCUCCUACGCCGCGUUGAUCCUCGCCGAUGACGGUGUUGACAUCACUGUACGAAUUCCUAUAUUCUCGAGAUCUGGAGAACUAUGAUACUCGAUUGGGUGGACAAGUGGCUGACUCGAUAAUAAUAGGCCGACAAAUUGCAAAGUCUCAUCAAGGCCGCCGGUAUUGAGGAUGUUGAGCCAAUCUGGACCUCAUUGUUCGCCAAGGUAUGCGAUUAAAAUUCACACAACUGAGAUGGGAACGAGGAAAUCAUGGUCCAGUACUGAUUGUUGGAAAUUGUAGGCUCUUGAGGGAAAGGAUGUUAAGGACCUUUUGUUGAACGUCGGAUCCGGUGGUGGAGCCGCCCCAGCUGCUGCUGGUGCCGCUGCCAGUGGUGACGCCUCUGCCCCAGCUGAGGAGAAGAAGGAAGAGAAAGAAGAGGGUACGAUAAUUCUUACAAAUUUGCGCACCUCAGCAAAUUCAUUUACUAACUACUUUUACAGCCAAGGAGGAAUCAGACGAGGAUAUGGGUUUCGGUCUUUUCGACUAAAUAUUCAUCUCACCUUUUCUCUCUGUACUUUCAAAUGCAUGGCCACGGUAUAUCUUCCCUCGGUGCAAUAUUGGGCUGGUAAGGGUAGCUUCCAUAAAUAAGCAAGCAU